GCCACCGUAGGCUACGUCUGAAGUAAAUACUGGAUGCUAGCUCACGACUAAGCUAGCUAGAUACCUGUGAAAACAUGGGUUUUACUUUGUAUUCUCUCAUUCAAGCAGCGAUCCUGUGCGUCAACGCUGUCGCUGUAUUGCACGAAGACAGAUUUCUGAGUAAAAUUGGAUGGGGAGUGAACCAAAGUGUCGGAGGUUUUGGUGAUGAACCAGGCGUCAAAGUGCAGCUGAUGAACCUUGUCCGCUCUGUGAGGACCGUGAUGAGAGUGCCGUUGAUUGCCGUGAAUGCAGUCUGCAUAGUGCUGCUGCUUCUGUUUGGAUAGGGAGAGAGUCGGGGGAGAUGAGACCCACCAGUCCGCCGUCUAGAGAACAUCUCCAUCACCUCAGGAACCCUUCUGCAAAACAUUGGAUCACGUUGACUCACACAAUGUCCCGUCAGCCUGAAUGUGAAUAUUAUCAUGUAAUAUCCCACAUCAAUACUUGGGAUAUUUGUCUAGGCCUGUUUUGUCCAGCACAGUAAUUCAGCUACAUAUAAUGGUUAACUUAUCUUUUCUUUUGAAUAGCACAAUAAAAUGCUGAAUAUGAAACACAACAUUUGCCUAAGAUGUAACAAUCAAUAAGAAAUAAACGUGAACACAUUUGUUUUUCAGAGAUAAAUAUAUUAUUCACAUGAAUAACGACUGUACAAUGUGUGUGGUUUAUAUGUAAACAUGUAAAUUAAUGAUUGUUGAAAUGCGCGCAAAGAAAGAUGUUUUUAAAAGUCA